UCUCAUACCGAUCAGAGUGUGUGCGUGCUAAAUGUCACUGGCAAAAGGCAAACGCGGCACGGAAUUGUGCUUUAUUUUGUUUUGGGAAGAAAAGAUGUGUGUGAGAUUUUUGUAUUUGACAACAAUGUGGUGCGUUGGAGAAGGUGUUAGGGUUAAGGAGCAGCAGGUGACUAUUCUUGGUAAUUGAAUGUACUGAAGGUUAUAUUGGUUGGUGAAAGCUGCAGCUGCCAUGGAGGCCUAUGAAUAAGAACAGGGAUGCAGUGCGACAACCAGGGAGUGCAUGGGGAAUAUUGACACAGUACAUAAAAAGCCUCCAAUGCUUGCCAGUGUGAGCAGUGGAAAAGAAACAACUACCAUGGUAACACUAAUCACAGAAAAGUUGCAGAACCAAAGCCUGCAGGAUAUGACGUGCCAAGCCUACGGCAUUAAUCUGCACUCAACUGACAAACUGAAUGAAAGUGGCAGCUUGUUUCCAUAUGAAAUUGAUGAAGGAAGUCCAUGGGCAGUAGUUAAUAGGACUUGUCCGAUUAAAGCUGAAACAAACCGUAAUGUGGCUUUUCCUUUUUCAACGUGCCUAGCUGACCACGUUGGGUUACAAUGGCAGAUCGGCAUGAAUAAAACCUCUGUCUCUGGCUGGAUCAGUGAGCUGAAUCUCAAUGAGAACGCGAGUGUUCCCUUGGCCCCUCCCACAAAACGGCAUUGUAGGUCUCUCUCGGAGCCUGAUGAAUUGUCCCGAUGCCGAUCCCCAUGGAAACCCUGUAGUUCCAGGGUCUGGACUCCUGUGUCGAAACGUCGGUGCAACAGUGGUGGCAGCGCAACUUUGCAACGCUGCAACAGCCAUGGAAGUGCCACGCUGCAACGAAGCACAAGCAUCAAUAUGCUCCAGCAUACCAGUAAACACACGCUUUCUCUCAACAACAGUAUAUUUAAUAUCACCAGCUUCAAUACUUCACCAGUACCAAGGCCCUCCUCUGCCAGCAGCGGUUUUGUAGACAGCAGCGAGGGAAGCACAUCAAGUGUUCGUUGGAACUCUACAGGACCCUUUGAUUUUAACCCAAGGCGGCGGCUGUCACUUUCGCAGGAGCACAUUACAGAGACGGCAAAUCUCUUGCCUUCAGCGAGCAGCUCGCCCACCUCCACGCCAGAGUUGAGCCGCCGGCAGGGAUUGCUGCGAUGCCGCUCCCAGCCUUGCGUGCUGAAUGAAAGGAAAUGUGGGCUCAAACGCAGGCGGGAGGAAGAUGUCAGGUGGACACGGCCCUCUUUAGAUUUCCUAAAGAUGACCAGAACAUUAAAGAACUCGAAAAGCCUCUGCUCUCUCGACUACGAAGAAGAUGACGAUGACGAAGAUGAUCACCAUAUGAAGACUAUUGUCUCUUCACCAUGUGACUCAAAUGACCUUUUAAUGAAUAUCAUCACUCCAGGCACCAGCCCAGUGAAAGAGCAUGACUCUGUCAGGCAUCAUGUCCCAGGGGGCAGAGAUGUUUGCCACCCAAGAAAUUUUGGGAAAGAAGUCCCUGUGAGUGAGAGUGAGGAAGAUACAAGCGAUUGUGAAAGCACUGAAGAAGGAAUAUUUCCGCUGGACUAUGGCGAUCUGGAUCUAGAACAAAUAGAAAACAACUAAGUGCAGCAGCUAGAUCAGAUUGGUUGUUUUUAUACUUUUUUUUUGUUGUAGUAGAGAAUUACUUUACAUAACUCGUGUCCAUUUAAAAAAAAAAAAUCUAUUGGUUAUUCUGGGCUGCUUGAAGGUUUUUUGUAUAAAGCGGCAGUAGUCCAUUUUGUGCACAGGAGAUGGUAGUGUUCAGUAACUUUAUCCGAAAUGCACAAAGUUACUGGUUGUGAAGGGUUUUAGAAACCUUUUGGAGGAAGACAUUUUCUAUAAAUCCUGCUUUGACGAUAUUUUGCAAUCUGUAGUUUUUGAAAUGGUGGGAAAAGCUGACCUCUACAAUGAUUUUUUUUUAAAGGGCAUUCUACAUUAAAUUACACAGAUUUAACCACAGUGGUGUUGGUGCAGGAAUAGUGCUGCUUUUUUUGGGGGGUGGGGGGGUGGGGUGGGGGUUCGGGAAAGAUGUCGGUGUUCCAACAAAUCAAAUUGAUGUUGUACUUUUUAAAAGAAAAGUAAUGACUUAGAUAAACUUAAAAUGGCCAAAUAGACACAAUGGACAUCUCCAAUAACGUCACAGGAAUGCAUUUGAGCUUUGGAAAGAGACUGUGAUUGCCUGUUGUGAUCAAUUUCCCAGAAGUCAGAAACCUCAGCAAUACUAGAAGGAAGACUUAUAGUCUUUAAAUGAAAUAAAAUGGAUUUUUGCUUUGCA